UAAAAAAAUAUAAUUAUUAAAUAGCUAUUUAAAAAAAAAAUAAUUAUUAUAUUUAUAUAUGUGCUGGUUAAUUUGUCGAUUCAUAUCACAUGCCCACUUAAAACAACGAUUAACUCUAAAAUUUCUCGGAACGUCACCCUCAGCUGACCUUGGUGGCUAGUUAACCUUGGUGGCUCUCGCAAGAGCCAUAGAAAUGAAGGAUAGAAAAUUUGUGCAGGAAUCUUGCCUUAGUCCUUCAAAAAGGGUACUCCGCUACUCCUGCCCUGUACCUGGGAGUUGAGAUAAGAGCUUAGAGCUGGGGAGAACACAUGAUGGAGAAGUCCCUGCGUCUCCAUCUUUGCCAUGCGCCAAAGUUACAAAUUUUCAUAAACAGGUCACAUGGGUUUCUCCAUUCCGUUGCUCUAAUUUUCUUGAUUUACCAUAGAACUUCCUUUCUCUUCCAAGACCCAAAAACAAGAGCUGCACCUUUAUUUUUAUGGCUUCUUGUCUUUGCUUCUGAGCUGCUUCUGUCCUUGAUAUGGCUCCUGGGACAAGCCUUUCACUGGCUUCCUGUUUCUCGCACAGUUUUCCCUGAAAGAUUGCCCAAAGAUGAGAAGCUACCUCCAGUUGAUGUGUUUAUAUGCACUGCGGAUCCUGAUAAAGAGCCGAUUGUGGAUGUAAUGAACACUGUUUUAUCGGCUAUGGCACUCGAUUAUCCAGCACAAAAGCUUCAUGUGUAUUUAUCAGAUGAUGGAGGUGCUGCUAUAACUUUGCUUGGAAUGAGAGAAGCUUGCAAGUUUGCAAGGUAUUGGUUACCGUUUUGCAAAAGGUUUGGAAUCAAGACUAGGUGCCCAAAGGCCUAUUUCUCAUCAGCAUCAGAUGACGAUAGUAGCUAUAGAAGUGAUGAGUUCAUGGCAGAGAAGCAAAUAAUACAGGACAAAUAUGAAGUUUUUAAGGAAAGCUUGUUGAGGUCUAAAGAAGAUUUGGGUUUUGAAGACACAAACAAUAUUACUACCACUCGAGAUCACCCUGCUCUCGUAGAGGUGAUGCAAGACAAUUCCUAUGAGAUGCCCCUUCUUGUUUACGUUUCUAGAGAGAAAAGGCCUUCUCAUCCUCAUAAUUUCAAGGCUGGAGCCCUUAAUGCCCUUCUUAGGGUCUCUGGAGUGAUUAGCAACUCUCCCUAUGUACUAGUGCUAGAUUGCGACAUGUACUGCAAUGACCCAACUUCAGCUAGGCAAGCUAUGUGUUUCUACCUUGAUUCCAACAUCUCUCCCUCCAUUGCAUUUGUUCAGUUCCCUCAGAGAUUUCGUAACAUUAGUAAGACUGACAUCUAUGAUGGUCAAAUGAGAUCCACAUUUAAGAUAUUAUGGCAUGGCAUGGAUGGGCUGAAGGGACCAAUCUUAUCUGGUAGUGGCUUUUAUAUGAACAGGGACUGUCUAUACGGUAAUUUUAUACAAGAAGGUAAUGAGCUAACUGAACUUAAAAAUUUGUUCGGCUUGUCUAAUGAGUUCAUAAAAUCCCUUGGGAGAAAUUACAAGGCUAAUGUGAUUAGUGAUGGGAGCUGUUCCAGCACACCUCUAAAAGAGGCCAAACUAUUAGCCUCAUGCUUCUAUGAGAGUCACACAAAAUGGGGUGAAGAGGCAAGCUUCUUGUACCAAUCUGUGGCAGAAGAUUUCUUCACAGGGUACAUGUUACACUGUAAAGGUUGGAUAUCUGUCUACCUAAAUCCACUGAGGCCACAAUUUUUGGGUACUUGUGUCACAAGUUUAAAUGACCUAUUAAUUCAAGGCACAAGAUGGAGUUCAGGGUUGGUUGAUAUUGGUAUCUCAAGCUUCUGCCCUCUUAUAUAUGCCACAUUGAGAAUGUCUUUUCUUGAAAGCUUAUGCUAUGCAGAAGUUUCACUUUUCCCACUGUUUUAUUCCCUGUCUUUGUGGUGUUUUGCUAUCAUCCCUCAACUUGGUCUACUGAGCGGCAUCUCUUUGUAUCCUGAGGUUUCUAAUUCAUUCUUCCCUAUAUUUGCAACUAUUUUCCUGUCAGCCCUUUCUAAGCAUUUAUACGAGGUCCUCAUUUCUGGAGGGUCAAUCCAAACGUGGAGAAAUGAACAGAGAUUGUGGAUGAUGAAGUCAAUUUCAAGUCACGUAUAUGGAAGUUUGGAUGCGAUUAUGAAAAGGCUAGGUGUGAGGGAAGCAAGUUUCUUGCUUACCAAUAAGGUUGAAGAUGAUGAAAAAUCUAAGCUCUACCAAAUGGGAAAACUUGAUUUCCAAACAUCAACUAGGCUACUUGUUCCAGUGGUCACAGUGGCAAUCUUGAACGUGGUAUCGUUUCUUGUGGGAGUUGUAAGAAUCAAAGAAUGGAACAAGAUCUUGGUACCAGUUUUCCUUUCAUUUUACAUCUUAGUUAUCAAUUAUGCAAUUAUUGAAGGGAUUAUUAUAAGGAAGGACAAAGGACGGAUUCCAGCAUCAGUCACUCUUCUUUCCACCUUAAUUUCUUUUUCUUUGAUUCUUCUGUCUUUAAUAGGAUCUAUAAUUUUCAGGUACUAACAAAAUUUUCAUUACUUAAGGAGAUCUUUGAUUUCCUUGCACAUGUGUAUAUUAGUGGAACAAAAUUAACAUCUAUAUGCUGGUGUAUGAACAAGGAGGUCAAUUUAUGGCCAAUGGAUCAAUAAACACUCAAGGAAAGCUUGACAGCUUGGAGAAUGUUGGGAAGAAUGCAUGAGAAAUGGAUCAAUAAGAAGGAUGCUACUUGUGAAUUAUAGAGUUUUUUCAGGGAUCCCAAAUAAAAUAGUCCAUUGUUUGUUCCAAAGGCUUGCAGCUUGCUCACUUCCUGGAAGCUAGAUUUAUUUGGGAGGUCAUUUUGCAAUUGUUCUGCAUUUGCACGAGUUGAUGGGAUUCAUAUGGAGGGGCCUAUCGUCUAUCAAUCGGUUGAGUUUUAUCAUAUGGCCAAUGAGGAUACAAAUUUUCUUUUCUCACCCUUCCCGCUAGACCUGGCCACUUUCCGGAACCAAUGGCUUUGAGCUGUGGCUUGGAAGGUUAUGAAUCAGACUGUAUGGGUUUGGUUUAAAAAUGAUUUGAAAUUAGCAAUUUUAAUUCGAUUUUUAUUUCAAUUUGAAUAUAAUUUUGAUUUA